AUGGGUUUUCUCAAAACAGCUGCCGCUCUUUCUUGCGGCAUACCGACCAUCAUAGCUACCGUGCCGUCGAUUUCGGGAUAUACCCUCACAUGGAGCGAUGACUUCAAUGGCGCUGCAGGCAGUGCCCCCUCGUCCGAUUCCUGGCAGUUCGACACCGGCACUUCCUACCCAGGGGCCUCUGCAAACUGGGGAACAGGGGAAAUAGAAUCAUACACCACCGACUCCAGCAAUAUCGCUUUGACCGGGAACGGAUCGCUCGCCAUUACACCGGUCCUAAAUGGAGGAUCGUGGACUUCGGCGCGUAUUGAGACCGUUCCAAGCAACUUUACGGCUGAAUCGGGAUCGAAAAUGAUUAUCCAGGCUAGGAUUCAGAUGCCUUCCAUCACUGGUGAACAAGCUGUAGGUUACUGGCCAGCUUUCUGGGCGAUGGGCUCUGACUUCCGCGGCAACUAUUGGAACUGGCCCGUUAUUGGAGAGUUUGACAUCAUGGAGAACGUGAACGGCCUUGACUGGGUCUCAGGAACUUUCCAUUGCGGCGUGAACCCUGGUGGGCCUUGCAACGAGACAGAUGGACUCACAGGACAAGUCGCCUGCCCAGGCUCUUCAUGCACAGGCAACUACCACACCUACAGCAUUACGGUGGAUCGGUCGGCAUCCCCCGAGACGCUGACAUGGGCUGUUGAUGGUCAGUCCUAUCACUCGGUGUCGGAAACUGAUGUGGGAAAUGCCACUACCUGGAGUUCUGCGGUGGAUAGCACCAAAUUCAUCUUACUCAACGUUGCCGUUGGAGGCUCUUAUCCCGACAAAGUAUAUACAUCCACAACUCCGAUUUCUUCGACUGUCGGUGGCUACCCGAUGUAUGUUGAUUACGUUGCCGUGUAUAACGCUUAG